AUGGCCGCCUCGCCGCGCGCGGAGCCGGCGGCCUCCGGUGUCCCAGCCCCGGUAAAUCCCAGCUCCCCAGCGCGGGCCGCCCGGGACGCGGACCCCUUAGAGGACCUGGCGGCCGCGGUGAGGGCCUUGGAGGACGAAGAGGAGGAGGAGGAGCAGGAAGAUGCUAACAAGGCACAGACUGACUUUAACAUCAUUUCCGGGGUGAAUAACCUAACAUAUAUGAACUAUGAGGCCCCUCUGGACUUUUCUGAUAUUUACCACUCUAAUGAAGAAUAUUUCAGGAAACUAGAAGAGCUGAAGAUUGCCCACAUGGAAACUAUGGCAAAGUUAGAGAAAAUGUACCAGCAUAAAUUAAAUUUAAAGAAAGUGCAGCCAGUGAUCAUCAGGGAUGAAGCUUCUAGUGUCUCCUCCAUGUGUGUAUCGGAAAAGAACUAUUGCCCUAUCUCGUUAAUCACAUCACUUUCAGAACCUGAUUUAGGUCAUUCUUCCUCCUUGAUUGUGUCUUCCUCUGAAGAUGAGCUGCCCAACUUAGAAAAAGACCAUCCUGAGAAGAGCAGAAUGAUGACCUAUGCUAAGGAGCUCAUCAACAACAUGUGGACCAACUUUUCUGUUAAAGAUUACGUUCAUUGUGAAGAUGCUGACUUGCCAGCAGUUAAAAAAACAAGGAAGAAAUCAAAAGAAUGGGUGCCAAAGAUUACAAUACCUGAGCCUUUUCAAAUGAUGAUUAGAGAAGAGAAGAAAAAAGAAGAGAACAUGAAAUAUAAACCAGAUAUUGAAAUGGCAGAAAAACUGCUCAAAAAGCAGGAAGAUUCGGAGUGUAAGAAAAAAUUCCGAGCCAACCCGGUUCCAGAAUUUGUCUUUCUCCCCCUUUAUCAUGAAAGAGUCAAGCAAAAUGAAGAACGGAGGAGGACUAUGAAGGAGAAAAACAAAGAAGUGCUCUUGGCCUCACUAAAGCCCUUUAAGUUUAUUGCAAGGGAGGAACAAAAGCGAGCAAUCCGGGAAAAGCAGCUGAGAGACUUUAUUAAGGCUAAAAAGAAAACAAAUCGAUUUAAAGCCAGACCUAUACCUCGAUCUACUUAUGGUUCCACUACCAAUAACAGGUUCACAGAAGAAGAGCUCUUUAGAAACUUUAAGAAACAGCUGAGAGCACAAGAACUCUCACCGAAUUCAUCCCCUCCGCCUUACAGCCCACCACACAGAAGUUUUGCUGCCAGGAAGCCCAAGGAUCGCGAACACGCUGAAAGGGUGAAGUGUAAAUGCAAGUCUAGCUGCCAGAUUGCUGAUUGUGGAGAACCUCCUGAGCGAUAUCAGAAGCACCUCUCAGAACAGAAAAGUCCAAAAAUCCUAUUAGCUUUCAAACCAUCUGAUCCUCAUGCAGCCUCACACGCAUCUACUAAAAGAGAGAAAAAUUCGGCAGAUAAUAAAGCAGAUGAAGAAAAUUUGAAAGAAACACAUUGGGCUUAUCAGUUUUUAAGGCACAAGUCACCAGUAAGAAGUCCAAAUGCAAAACGUGCGCCUUAUAACUGCAAACUUCCAAUGCCCACAGUAUCUUCCAGAGGAAGAGAACAAGCCACCAGAAAGAGUGAAAAGGAAAGGAUGAGAGAAUACCAACGAGAACUAGAAGAAAGAGAAGAAAAAUUAAAACACAGGCCACUACUAUUUCAAAGAGUUGCUCAGAAAAAUGCAAGAAUGGCAGCAGAAAAGCAUUAUUCUAACACCCUAAAAGCACUAGGAAUAUCUGAUGAGUUUGUUUCAAAGAAAGGCCAAAGUGGAAAAAUAUUUGAGUCCUUCAGCAAUCAAGAGGUGAAAAGUUUCACUGAAGAUAAAGAAAGCUUUAAUGAAGAAGAAAAUAUCGAAGAAAGAGAGAAUGGGGAAGAAAAUUAUUUUACUGAAACCAACAGCCAGGAUUCUUGCAAGGAAAAUGAAGCUGAAGAAGGAAGUGGAGAAGAGAAAUCUGUUGAAGAAUAA